AUGGUCCGUUAUAUGCCAAAGGACUUCAAUGAGUAAAAAAACCCAAAAAAAACAAGAAACUGUUUGCUCUUCUGGAUGCUGGGUUUUAGUGGCCACAGUGAUACACCCAGAAGUGAGAGGGAUCAGGCUGAAUGUCCAUUGUGAUGUUGAGACAUAAAACAACUAUGUUUAAACAAGCUUGCUGCUUAUGGUUGGCAGUUUAAAAUAUCUCAUUUCCUGUCAGUGAGGCAAGUGUUGGUUUCAACAUUUUAAAAAGGCGGGGUUGUUUUCUGCUCUUAGUUCCUGCUUUCAUUCAGUCGACAUUCUGUUAAACCUGCUAAACUGUUUAAUCUUAACAUUAUUAAUACAUUUUGGCACUAAACCCAGGUUAUCCUUGUAGAAUCAAUGCGUGAAACACUAAAGGUGUGUAAAAGGAGAAGAACUGAGGUCAAAAUGACCAGCUUUAUUCUCAUAAUGCUGCUGCCACUGGCAGCAAUCAGCACAUUAACAUCUGAGCAGCCACACAACUUCAUGGAUGCGACGGCAGGCGAGGUGGUCCAAAAUAUCCAGCUGGCAACACAACAGCUGUCAACAAUAGAUCAGCUGUUGGUAGCUCUCAACAUUACAUCAACUAACACCGCUGAUCGGAAUACACCAGAUGAAUCAAGAAGCUCUACUCCUUCCCUGUACACAACGAAAACAAUGUUACCUGCAACACUCUCAAUAAAUCCUCAAACAGCAUCAACAGUUACCCCCUCCUCAGGUAUAUUGACUGUUAAGUCUAAAGUUUGGAAAUCUAUAACAAUGGUUAUGACUAGUCAAACCAGUAAGCAAAGAAAAAAAUCAACACAACCUGUAAUGCUAGUGCUAGGAACGAUCAAACAAAGCCAUGGUACAUUGAGAACAUCAACCUCUCAGCUCAAGCUAAAUGAAAUGACCACCUCAUUUAAAUCUACAUCCAAGUCGACAGCCAUCUAUACUGAAACCACAUCAUUCAAGCCUGAGGAGAACAUAUCUACAAGAACCAAGCCAGUUCCAAGUGGUGAUGGAGCACAGUCCUCAACCCCAGUUACGCCUACACUGACUUUCAACAAGACAAAGAAAAAAUAUUUCCAACACAGCAACGUUGUUGCAGCAAUAAUAGGUGCAGCACUCUUGCUGAUGAUUGUAGGAUUUGUGUUAAUCUGCAUGCGAAGACAGAGACUUCAGAAGCAGCAGACAACUACGAACUGGGCAGGUCCUUCCCCAUUUCUAGAGGGGGAGACUAACAAUGGCAAUGUAGUACUCAGGUCAUCCAACCAAAUUUCUCUAACCAGUUUUCUGCCUCACAGACUUUCAAAGAGAUUCUCUUUACACCCAGAAACAAAUGAGAUGAAAGAUAUCACUCCAAGAGCCACGUUAGAAGAAAAUCACCAAGGAAGCACCUUUGGUCAAGCUAUGGAUGGAAAUGAUGCACACAAAAAAAGUUCACAGCAGCUGUUCCAUAUAUGAAAAGUGGAAGUGAAGCUGAAGAGACAGCUGUAAUGACGGUCACACAGCCCUCUUUAAACAAACUGUCAUGAACUGCCAUAAUUCUGGUGUUUGUAGUGCUGCAAAUCUUUUAGGCAACAUGAAAAGAUGGCCACAAGCAGCCAUAAACAUACUUGCAAAUAUCUAAUAAAAUCUGAAGUUGUAUGCAGUUAGUUGCCUCUUUGAGACUGGAUUUUGGGCAAUGUGAAAAUUUGUUACACGUUUCUUAAUUAACAUGAUCACAGCCUUUAAAUAGAACAUAAUACAUCAGCAAUUAUCACAGAAACAAAGCCUUCUGAUUGCUAACAAAUAUGAAUGUAAUUUUCUUUUCUUUUAGUGUUUGCUUAGUGUGCAUUAUGUGAAUAGGUGUCUGUGUAUUUAGCUUGCAUUUGAUUGAAAAGAGGAAGGAAGUGUUGCAGGAGGAAAAAAAAGCAAGACUUGAUGUUGCCACAUCCUUGUUUGAAUUAUUGGUUUGCUCUCUGCCCAGUAAUACUGGAUGCAUCAUGAACUAACAAAAGCUUUUGAAUGCUGUCUAUGUCUUCAUGUAUAAAUUGCAUAGCCAGUAUAUGACAGAUGUGUUACUUUACAACCUAAAAAACUCAAGGCCAUGAAUAAAUAUUAAGCAUUCUGAA